CAAUGACCUCACUCUCCCAAUUGUAUGAACAGCACCUAAUGAUCAAUCAUCAAGCAACCACACCAACGACCAACUCGGCCUGUCACACGAUACAUCGAGUCGUGUGAUAUCAAAUUGACUACUUCUAUUCUUGCUGACGGUCUGUACCACUGAGAUUUGACAUUCUUUUUUUGCUUGGCGCCAUUCAUCGUGAACCAUCAAAGCCCCGGCCGAGAAAAAAGAAUACAAGGGAAAUCCCACCAGGAAGGAGGAGGUGUAAGGGGAGCAAGGCUUGUAUCAACGUCUGGGAAGAGGCAGAUCAUGAGCGAGUUGCAGAAGAAGUGGGCAAAAGCAAGACUUUCCAACACGAUGCAAGCGCACGCCUACGCACCAAGCCAAGCCAUGGGGACCACGGCAAUGCCAAUCCCAGCAACGACAUUACAGCCACCUGUUGGUCUUCCCGACUUCAAUGAGCUGGAUGAAGAAGAUGAAGACCAGUUUGGAUCUCUCUCAUCUAUCCCAAACCACCCACAAGAUGACGACUCCUCGUCAGCAUCUUCAGUCUCAUCAACAGGCACAGUAAUCCCAUCACCGGGUAGAGCUCUGUUUGCAAGGCCACAAGGAGUUCCAACCCGCUCGUCCCUAGACCCAAUCCCCUGGACAACCUACUUUGAACGUGAACUCUCCCUCCUCUCAACAGACGGGACCAUAACCUACCACGUCUACCUCACCUCCCCUGAUCCCCCUACCCCUUCAACCACCAACAACCCAGCACCAGGAGCCAAACCAUCCACCGGCGGUCCCCUCUUCGUAACCCACCACGGCGCCGGCUCCUCCGCCCUCUCCUUCGCCGUCCUCGGCUCUGAAAUUCGCAAACGUCUCCCCUCAGCCGGCAUCCUCUCCCUCGACGCCCGCGGCCACGGCCUAACAACCAUCACCACCCCCAGCCCCAACGAACCAACCAACCUCUCCCUCGGUACUCUAUCCCAAGACCUCUGCAAUGCAAUCCUCCUCACGGCCAAAGCCAUGUCCUGGCCUGACAUCCCCCCUCUCAUCCUAGUAGGCCAUUCUCUAGGCGGAGCCGUCGUCACCGAACUCGCCUACCAACCCCUUCUUCCCCCUUCAGUUUCCCUACUGGGAUACGCAGUACUCGAUGUUGUCGAAGGCUCAGCCCUAGACGCCUUGCAGUCAAUGCAGACAUACCUCAGCACCCGGCCACAGGGGUUUCAUUCAUUAAAGGAAGGCAUCGAAUGGCAUGUUAGGUCACGAACAAUAAGAAAUAGCGUCAGUGCGAGGGUUAGUGUCCCUGCUCUAUUAGUCGAUACCACCACCACAACCACACAACCACAGCAACAGCCACCCUCAACGAAGGUGUCAAAACCGUGGAAAUGGCGGACGGAUCUUAGUUCUACCCAGCCGUUUUGGCAAGGGUGGUUUGUGGGAUUGAGCAAGAAGUUUUUGGGGCAAGGGGCGACGGGGUUGGGGAAGGGGGCGGGGAAGAUGUUGCUUUUGGCGGGGACGGAUAGGUUGGAUACCGAGUUGACUAUUGGGCAGAUGCAGGGGAAAUAUGCUCUCCAGGUGUUUCCUGAGGCGGGGCACUUUAUUCAUGAGGACUUGCCUGAGAAGACGGCGGUGGCGCUGGUGGACUUUUACAGGAGGAAUGACAGGAGUGCAUUGGUGUUGCCGCCGAAGGUGUCGGAGUUGUUGGCGCAGGGGAGGAGGGUUUAGCGUGGGGGUGGGGAUGCAUAAUCAUGAUGGGAUGAAAGGGAAUACAUAUGGGGUUGUGUGAUGUGAAUAUGGAAACCAUUGCGGAAAGUUCAUAAUUUGUUCAUCGGUUUGGUUACUGUUCAAAGUCCGUGGAUUUGUCCAUCUCCACGAGACAAGAGACCAAACGCUAAACCGUAUCUAUAUUUUCCUUUCCAUAUGCUGCCUGCCCGUCUAUUUUGUACAUCUACCAACCAUGCUCGCCCAUAACUCAAAUAUAAUACAAGGGGUAUAUCCAUCUCCAAAUCACAACCAACUCAGUUUACGCUGCCUGAGCAAGAGCAGGCCCGUCCUGUUGGGCAACUGGCUCAGCAACCACCACCACCUUCUCUUUCUUGACCUCCUUUGCCCCAUCAACCUCAUCCUCACUCUUCCUCUUCUUCUCAUUCUUCCCCUUCACCUGCUGCUGCUGCCCCUUCUUCCCCUUGCCCUCCUUCUUUGGCGCCCACUCCCCCAACCUCAACACCUCAUCCGUCCUCCUCGCCAUCUCCACCAUCUCCUCAAACCCCAUCACCUUAACCAACUCCUCAUAACUCUUCCCCUGCGCGCACAUGGUCUUAUAAACCGGCUCCCGCCCCGGCACAAUCUGACUGAGCGUAAACUUGGUAUUACUCAUCUUAUUCUCCACCUCCAUCGCAAACCUCACCAGCUCCCUCGCAUAUUGCUCCCACGUUGUCUUCUCCUCCCCCUCCUUCAAAAACACAUUCGGAUUCUUCUCCGCCGCCGUCGCAAUCAUCGCCCCGUCCACCCUGAACUCCUCCAUGAGCUUAUACCCAUCCCGCCUGUCCGCCACAUCCCCAUUCACCACGCACGCCACCCCCGCCUCGCGACAGAUGUAUCCAAUCAUCCUCAACUGCCCCCUUAUCGCCCGUUCCCUCGGUCGCAUAGGCGUAGUCCGGCAGUGGAUCGUCAACCCCGUGAUCCCCGUCCCCACCAACCUCCUAACCAACGCCUCCGUCUUCUCCGGUGUCUCCAGCAAUCUAAUCUUCACCGAGACCCCAAUCCCAAACUCGGGGAUGAUAUGCCUCGUCAGAUUCUCCAGGAUGGCAACAAGCUUAUCCGGCGUCUGCAACAGCGCAGCGCCCAUCCCGCCCGAGGUAGAGAAAGGCUUUGGACAGCCGGCGUUGACGUCUAUCCCAGC